AUGAGGUCCAACGAGUGUACGCAUAACCACGUGGCCGCCGAAACGCCUUCAACACCAAGAAUGGCAUCGCCAACUCCCACCACCACUCCAUCCAGCCCAGCAGCGCACACAAGUAGUUCAUCUUACCACUACACACACCUCGAAAGAGACCAAAUUCGUCUCGUCGUCCUCGAACCCGCAACCGACCCGUCAGACCCCCUCGUCUGCCGCAUCUUGACAUGCCACCGCAACGACGCGCCUCCAUACGAAGCCAUCUCCUUCACACCACCCUCCGACGACAACACAACAUCGACAAUCACUGUCCUCCCGCCCAUCCUCGCCCCGACAUCGCCAACUCCGCUCCACAUCCCAUCCUCAACGGCCGAAGCCCUCGCAACUCUCCGGCUUCCCACCGGCCCGCGCACCCUCUACCUCCCGGAGCUCAGCAUCAAUGUCUCCUCCCCCUCGGAACGAAGCUCCCAACUCCUCCUCACGCCCUCAAUCUUCCACGCCGCAACCCGCGUCACAAUCCCCCUCCUCUCCGCCGUCAACCACACCGAAGCAAUAACCUACAUCUCAACAUCUCGCUUCCGCAACCCCUCCCCCUCGACCCUAACCCUCCUCCACUCCCUCUUCGCCCACCCAUUCUUCUCCUCCACGCUCUCCAUCCUCCACCUCUCCCGCGCCCGAAACGCCGUCAUCAUCCACCACGCCCUCGAAGUCCCGCUCUCCAACUUCUCCCUCGCAGCCCGCCUCCUCCCCCUCCACGCCCCCAUCCUCCAGCCCGUCCGAAGGCUCAAACAGCGCGGCUACAUCUCCACCCUCACAACCUCCCAAUUCGUAAAAGCCCUCUGCGAGGCAUCGCCCUGCUCCGCCCCGGACCCGCGCGACCGCGUAUUUGCGUUUCUGGCGCUGUACCCCUUCCCCAUGACACGACCGCAGAUCGACUCGUACCGGCGCUCGGGGUUCUUCUCAGGCGACGCCUGCAACCCCUCAACCCGCGGCAAAGGGGAGGCUCUCGAGAGGGUGGCUAGCGCGGUCGAAGCCAUUGAGGAUGAAAAAACACGGCGGCGGAUGGUGAAUUACACGGCCCCCGUGGAGACAGUCUACACCAACUUCGCGACGCUCCUCCUCGAGACCACAGGGCUGGACUUACUCUCCGCGGUCCAGGGGAAGGGUAGCGGUGUGCCGAGCUGGGUGCCCGACUGGCGCACCCCCAACACGCGAACGAUAUUGGCGCAUCUGCCGCUGACGGAGUACAACGCCGGCGGCGGGCGGGAGCAGGCUUUCCGCAUCCUCACAGGGGAAACCGGUGCGAAGUUGGAGGUUCCGGCCAUCUGCGUGGGGGACGUGAAGACCCUUGGGGCAGCGUGCGAUGUAUCCUCCCCCGGGUGGGAGGACAUCGUAUUCCGUCAGUGGAGGGGCAUCGUCGAGGCAAAGACAACAAAAGAGUGUCCUACCAAAAUAAUGGAGCGCUUCAUCCAGACGAUCAUGACCGACUCCGACGAUGAAUACGUCGAUGCUCGAAGGGUAAUCUGUCGACGACUAUUGGUUCCUGAGGAGAGACGCAAGGUGGAGAGCAACCACCUUUUCGAGGGGGUAGACGAGGAGGCUGUGACGAAGUUGCGCAUCAGCUGCCACGGGCGAAGGUUCUUCAUCGCUUCGAAUGGCGGGAUGGGAUUGGUAGCGAGUGAGAGCCAGGAGCGAGACUUUGUAGCUGUACUACCCGGAGCACGGCUGCCGUACAGCUUCCGUCACCGGUACGAUUCUGCGUCGGCUGAGGUGGAGCUUAUCGGUGAGUGCUUCGUGCACGGAAUGUUGAAGGGGGAGGCAUUUGGCCGGGGUACUUCAUUCGUAAAGCGAGACAUUCGCAUUUGCUAG